AUGGCAUAUGGUCUUCAUCGGGCUGGAAAAAGAAUUAAAACCAUUACGAAAAUGAAUCUCUGGUUACGAAGCGGGAAGAGUGCCGAAGUUGACUCCACUAAGCGAUGCUACCUCCUCGAAUUGCCCACUGAGUUACUGCUAGAGAUCAUUUCUCAUCUACCUGUGCUAUCAGAGGCUUGUCUGGCAUUGACGAGUAAGCGACUGUUCGCCGUAUCCAGCGCGAUCCUAGAUUCAAAAUCCCUGCACUUUAGUCGAGACUUUGCACCACUUUUUCAUCAUUAUCGAAAUGGACACAGCUUCGUUACUACUCGGUGGCAGUUUAUCAAAAUGCUGGAAAACGGCACGUGGCGAGCUUGCUCGAAAUGUUUGAAGCUACAUCCACGAGGCUUGUUCCCUGCACGGGAGCUGAAACGAAAAGCGGAAGAACGGUCUUGUAGCCUAGGAAAUUCGGCAGGCAUAGUUGACUUGUGUCCAUGCAAAAAGCUAACAUUUCGAGACAAGAUGGAUCUUGUUGAACUCUUGUUGAUGAGACAGAAGUCUGUAAUAGCCUUGGCGGCGCAAUUUGGAACUGGCGUUCAGGAACGGUUUUGCUGGCAUACGUGCACAGAAGACUACGGUUCUACGCAGAUAAAGGUCGAGUUGUUCCCAGAGCUAGACGAAAACGGCCAGUUGAAAAUCAAAACGGAAUACCAGCUAUCAACAAGAUCAGGGCAGCUUGGAAAGGAAGAGUCCAUCACACCUCGCUUUGGAUGCGCACACCGAUCGAUCGAUCUUUGGUUGUCAAGCGUCUGUCAAACCACCAUCUGCCGACUGUACGACAAUUUCUGCGACAGCUGUAAGCGAAUAUCUAUCUGCAACACCUGUAAUGCUUCGUUGAAAUGCCCUCGCAAACAGCCCUGCCAUGUUGACGAAAACACCGGAAGAGCCACAUAUUUCUUUUGGACGGAGAGAUGCCUCGGGGGAACAUCUCCCAUUCCAGAUCAGACCUGGGCCGCUCAGAGGAUUCAUCCAGCAGAAAAUACGAUUGAUGUAGACAACUGCAGUGAACUAUGCCCCUGGACCAUCCGCGAACAUCCGGCUCUUAAUGAUCCCCCGGCUCUUGAGAUGAACAUCCUAGACCCUGGGAUGCAGAAUCAGUCGAUUAAUCAGUUAUACGCCAUAUGUCUCGUCCCUGUUGUCAAAAUAUAUAACAAACCGGAACCCACCAAAGCUAAGUCGGGUAUAGCGUCGAUCACCACGAAGCAUUAUCUGCGUCCUGGGGCGAUGAGCUAUCCACCACCACCAUCCCUUAACGGCCAAUAUCCUUCGCAGUAUCUGCAGCAGCCUCCUCUUCAACGCCAGCAGACCAUCCAGCCGCAGCAGCUACUGUACAAUAAUGCCCACCCGAACGCUUCGCCAUACCAAUAUGGCAAGCCGGUCGUUUAUCCUCAGGUUAUGAUCCCGGCGUAUCCUGCCUACACACACGCGUAUGAUCAACAACCGCAACCACAAUCACAACCGCCGCCGCCGCAACCUCAACCUCAACCACAGCAGCCGCAACCGCAACCGCAACCGCAACCGCAAUAUGUAAAUCCAUCCGACUUGUUCAAUACACCGCCCCUCCCUUCUAUCCCCCCCUCUCAAUUUGCCCAAGCGUCAUCUCAGUAUGGUGGACAAACUGCAGUCUCAACCGCAAACACCAACCGCUCCCCUGCGCUCACCACCCCCGCCGCAACACAACCAACGCACUACGCCACGGCCAGCCCAAAUCAAGGGAACCAGGUGUAUGGCAAGUAUCCCCAGGCCACACAGAGUGCGACACCGAGCGCAACACCAAAUCCUACGCCGAAGCUCACACCAAAGGUUACACCAAAACCAAUGCCCAAGACCACAACUGCACUGAACCCUCCAACUGUUCGACCCCCACCCGUUACCGCAACUCCCCCAGCACUGUCACCGAGACCUGUUCCCCAAGUGUUGAUCCCAAACCCAUCCCCAGAAGUACAGCAGAAACUACAGCGACUGCCGUCCAAGAAACAAACGCAGCGACAGACAAGCCAAAUGGCCUCACAAAAAACACCAAAGCCUACUAUCGACUAUCAGGUGCUACUCCUGGCGAUGGCAGAUGAGUAUCUUAAUGCGGCCCACAGUAACGGAACCAUGGUAGCUUUGCUUAGGCAGGAGAUGGAAAUGGAGGAAUACUAUAGGUUGGUUGCAACGGGUCUUGGUUGCUUGGAAGCGGUGUUGAAGAAUUGGAGAUUACAACCCCGAGUUGAAGCCCUUGUACGACUAAGAUAUGCGCGCAUUUUGUUCGAGGAGACAGACAAUGAUCUCGAGGCGGAGACUGCACUGAGUAAAGGCAUUGACUUGUGCGAGCGGAACCGCAUGCUAGACUUAAAAUACAGUAUGCAACACCUUUUCGCGCGAAUGCUACACAAGACAAAUCCUAGGGCCUCAAUGAAAGCCGUGGACGGGAUGAUACAGGAUGUAGAAGCAUAUCGUCACUCUGCAUGGGAGUAUGCAUUUCGCUUCCUUCGGGUAUCUCUCUCACUAUCGUCUUCUGCCCAUCAAGAUUCUGUGGCAGCCCUGCAAAACCUUCACAAAAUUGCUAAUAUGGCCAACCGCAAUGGCGAUAAGGCUGUUUCGGCCAUGUCGGCCGUCAUCGAGGCUCUUGCGCAUCUGCAGCAGGGAUCCAGCUUUGACUCGAUUGAGCAGGCCCAGCGCGCCCUGGCAGUAGCUCGGAGCCACCAGCUUAAUGAUGAGCUUCGCCAUAUACCACAACUGACAACUUUGGUGCAAAUGGUCGAUAUCUGUUGCAGCCUUCUUGAAUUUGACAUCAAUCAGUCAUCCCAGAAGUUGAAAAAUCUACAAGAUCUGAUGGACGAGCGGUUGAACGACCUUAACUGGCGCGCCGAUGGGUCAUUUUCCAUUCCUUUAAGCGGCAAGUCGGCUGGGCCUUCAUCAAUAGACACGGGCGACAUUCUUCAGGUCCAAAAUGGCACGUUGUUCUUAAGCUUUAACUGGCUACCCCAGCACGACCUCUACGCGCUUUGUUAUUUCCUUAGUUCUAUCACACUCAGCUGCAAGAACUCUUAUGAUGGUCGCAAAGCCGAGAAAUUUCUCCAGGAAGGUAUACGCAUGGUGCAAGGUAGUUUCAAAGCGCCUCAGGACAUCACUGAAUCCAUGGUCAAUGCGAAUAGACGUGUAGAAUGGCGCAGGACGCUGUACUGCAACCUCCUUGUUCAACAAGUAUUUCUCGCCUGUGGCCGCACGGACUGGGACCUUGCCAAUAAAACACUGAAAGACCUCCGACAAGUAGCCCAAGAGCUUGGCGACCACCUACCCGAUACGGUCCAAUGUCUAUUGGAAUAUACCGCGGGUGCCAUUGCACAAGCAACUGGUGAUCUGAAAGCUGCUCUUGACUCUUUCCAGUCGCCCCUUCUUUCGUUAUUCCCAUCGACGAGUAAAACAGCCCGCAAUGACCCCCGUCGUGAUAUUGCACUUCUUGCAGCCCUCAAUACCGUUCUCAUACUUCGUGACCCAACUCAUGCGUCGCACUUCCAGCUCCCCAACAUCUUGGCAACUAUUGAAUCAUUCUGUAAGGGUAGCCCUAACAGGUAUAUCCAGGCAGCCUACUACCUUGUAUGCGCGACCGUUCAGACUGAGUCAACCAUCCAAACCAAGCAAUUUCUUCAGCAGGCGCUCCAGUCCGCCACGGCAAUCAGCAAUAGUCAGAUCACCUGCAUGACAUUAACAUUCAUGAGUUGGAAAUAUUUCCGCGGGGUUGUUGGUGAACAGGCUGAGAAGAGCGCGCGAGCAGGACGCGCAAUGGCAAAGAAGGCCAAUGAUCGACUCUGGGUCAGUGUCACCGAUGAGAUGCUCGCGGAGACCCUGGAGAGACAGGGAAAGAACGAUGAGGCCAAGGGCGUCCGCGAGGAGGGUCAUCGGGUAAUGAUGGGGUUGCCAUCAGCAUUGAAAAGGCCUAUCUAG